CCAACAUGUAAAACUGAAUCUUUCAAGUGAAGGUGCAUCAUAGGCUCUCAGCUUCUUGAAAGACAUUUGCAAAUAGAGCUUUGGGCAAGCCAGCCCCAAGCCUAGUCCAACAGCUUUGACAUGUUGAACCACACAAAGGAUUCAAUCUUUUGAAAACCUUUUCAACUGUAUGGAGCAAGAUGCCUUCCAUGUGGGCGAACAUUUUGCAGACAAGGAGACUUCCAGAGCACCUUCGCAUUACCUACGGUUGCUCAAGAGUCACAACCCACACCUAGGAUCGCGGUCAAAGCCCAAAAGUGAGAAGCUCCAACACAUUGGAUUUGAUAGCCGAGUGGCUGCUGCAGUAGGGCUUUCAGAGCUUGCUGCAACAGAACAAUGUCCUCAUUGCUCGAGGAGGUUCUCUCGAGAAGCUGCAGCGAGACACGUGCCGAUUUGUGCCGGACUCAAAUCUCGACCAAAGCCACCCAGAGAGCCAAUGGUGUACUUCACAGAUCAGCUGGGAAGGCGACAGGCCAGCCCUAAAGGACCCAAAGUGGACUCCUUCGCAGUGCCAAGGUCGAUGGUUUGGCCUGAAGCACCUGAAGCUCAAGGUUCUCUAAAGCAGCAGUGGUCGUUGGUGCAAUUUCUUUUGCGGGAUGGCCUGGAGGCUUUGGCGGAUGAUGGCAAGAUCAUCGCAACAGCCAGAAGAGCGGAAGAAUCCAUGGAGUUCCUCGAAACACUGGAGGACUACUCCAUGAGACUCGGCAUGGAGAAAGGAGAUUUAGCUAGAUUCCUGCUGCCAGAGACGGAUGGACAGGCAGUCUUGGAAGCGUCAUUACCUUCGAAUAGCCGCCAGCUUGAUGGCAUUACCGAGCGAGAGCGACAGGAGCUGGUGCAGCGAUCUGUUGCACUGAGACGCCUGGUGCGAGUCAAGGUUGCCGACGGCGCGGACGUGGAGCAGGCUCAUGAAUCCCUUCGCUUGAUCGUUGAGUUUCUGGAUGCAUUGCAAAGGACGCUGCUAGCAUGUUUCCCAGAUGAAUCAUGCAGGAGCCUGGCCCUGCAGACAGAACAUGUUUGUCUAUCCAUUUCACCAGCUUGUGGCCAGGGCAGCGGCUGAAGAGAGACGCUCAUUGACAAGUAUCCUGCGCGACCUUUGAAACAGAGAUCUGAAAUGAUGAGACAUGCUAUUUGUGGUUGGACACAGUUGAAGAUGUGGCGAUUAGGCCAAGACCAGAAAUCAUCAUCUUUGUUGCUAGACUCUAGACAGCAAAGGUCAGGGAGUCUAUCGGCCGGUUCAAAGCGGCUGCAAGGACAAAAUGGAAGCGGCUCCG